AUGACGUCGUCUCCGCAGUAUCUCACCGGCGAUGCGGCCUCUUUGAAUACUUUUAUUGACAAGUUUGAUACAUUCCUGUUUGACUGCGACGGAGUGCUAUGGUCUGGCGAUCAUGUCUUCCCAGGCACCGCCGAGACGCUGGAGUUUUUGAGAAGUCGAGGCAAGCAAGUUGUUUUCGUCACCAACAAUAGCACCAAGUCCCGCGCCGACUACAAGAAGAAACUCGACACUCUCGGCGUUCCCAGCAACGUUGAAGAAAUCUUCUCCUCGUCCUACAGUGCCUCGAUCUACAUCUCCCGCAUCCUCGAGCUCCCGGCGAACAAACGCAAGGUCUUCGUGAUUGGCGAAUCAGGCAUAGAACAAGAGCUGCGCAACGAAAACGUCCCAUUCAUCGGAGGCACCGACCCAGCUUUCCGCCGUGAUUUCGGGCCCGAGGACUACAAGCUCAUUGCAAAUGGAGACCCGUCGAUAAUCGAUCCGGAAAUCGGCGUUGUGCUGGUAGGUCUUGAUUUCCACUACAACUACCUAAAGAUAUGCCUGGCGUUCCACUACAUCCGCCGCGGCGCAGUGUUUUUGGCGACGAACAUCGACAGCACGCUGCCGAACCAGGGAAGCCUUUUCCCCGGCGCAGGCUCGAUGAGCGCGGCUUUGAUCAUGAUGCUGGGCCAGGAACCCACUGCGCUCGGCAAGCCCAGUCAAGCUAUGAUGGACGCCAUCGAAGGGAAAUUCCAUUUCGAUCGGAGUCGUGCUUGCAUGGUCGGCGAUCGAGCAAACACUGAUAUCCGAUUCGGUAUCGAAGGGAAACUGGGCGGCACUCUGGCUGUUCUGUCAGGUGUGGCUACCAAAGAUGAUAUCCUUCACGGCGAUGUUCGGCCAGCGGCCUACCUGGACACACUGAGUGACCUUCUCGGUGCUAAGCAAUAA